CUCGAACACGCAAUCAGUCGUUUGGCAGAGAGAGACCCGCACACACCGCCUCUCUCGCUCUCUCAAGUCCACAAGCUCUUAUUUUCCACUCUGUUGGACCCAAGAUUAGUGACAGAUCGUUACUAUUGUGAUAUUUUUUUAUAGAUUCGAGAGAGAGAUAUUGUUCUGUACUUUUUGGAAGUUUUAUUAUUUUCUCCGUCAACUAUUUUAGUUGGUGUUGAUUUCGUCGAGACUUUUGUGUUGAAUAAAAGCGAGAGACAAGGAAUGGAAUACACUACUAGUGGGAGAUACGAGACUGAAGGUGAAGCCCGCGUAAUCGGAGAGCUUAUUACUGGGCGGGACGGGAACGACUACGCCCCUGGAGGCGAGUCGUGGAGCUGCGCCUACGCCCCCGACGAAUCCCGCUUCGCCUGGUCAUGUGGCUUUAGGAAGGUCGUCAUCCUGCCGUGGAACCGAUACAAGAACUGCCUGUUCAGACAGAGGUGCCAGCAGCAGUCUGAUGAUAGCCAAGAUGCUGAAGGCUAUGAGCUCUUCACAGAGAAGAUUAGCAUUGACGCUGGUUUCCCUGUAACAAGUUUGGCCUUUGGCACGGGGACGCCAGAGCAGGACUUGGUGCCCAUCAAACGGGAAUACUGGACCAGGUUUGACUUCUCCAAAGACCUCAUCCUUGCUACAGGACAUAGUAAUGGCCGCAUCAGGAUCUGGGACCCUUAUACAGGCAAGCUGUUGCUGGAGCUCACAGACCAUGUUCAGCCCGUCACAGCCCUGGCCUUCGCCCCUGACGGUUCCCUCAGGCUUGUUUCAGGAUCGAAGGACUCAACCAUCAAGGUGUGGGACAUGUCUGACGAUGGAAACAUGUUCAAGACUCUGCGAGAACACACUGGGUCAGUCAGGAGCUUGUGUUGGUCCCCUGAUGCCAAGUUCCUCUGCUCAACUGGUGACAAACAGAAGGUGCUACUAUGGAACAUGGACUCAUAUAACUUAGCCAAGAGGCUUUCCGGACAUUACAAUAAUGUUCUUUCAUGUUCCUUCUCUCCUGACGGAGCCAUGCUAGCCACAGCAUCGGGUGAUACGCGAGUCAUUGUUUGGGACACCAUUACGGGUGAACAACUUCGAGUUCUUAACCACAUGAAUCCACCUCCUGGAAUAAUUUAUAUGUCUGGAGAGAACAACUCAGUUGUAAGAGGAGUGUCUUUCUCACCAAAUGGAUGCCAUGUUGCUACAAUUUGUAGUGAUGGGUUCCUACGAUUUUGGAAUCUGAUGAUGGAAGAGGAUGAGCCAGAAUGUAUGGGAUCGGCUAUGGACGGCGAUUCUAUGCUCAAUUGUACAUAUUCCCCUGUUGGUGGAGCUGUAGCUGUAGGGCAUGCCUCCGGAAGUGUAGUGUUCUUUAUGGCUCCUCCACUGGUGCCUUCCCUGCUUCACCUCUCAAGAAUGUCGAUUAGAAAGUCCCUUGGAGACGUCACCACAAGACAGGAUGUUCUCCUGCCUCACACCCUAAAGCCUUACCUACAGUAUAAGCAGUGGUGAAGAGAUGAUGCACGUUAGAUGUGCAGUUCACAUUUAAACUUAAAAUGAUGGUGGAUGCUGAUGUUUGAAUGGAUUUUAUAACUUAUUUGCUACAUAUUUUUUUCGUAACUUUUAUAUUUUGUAGUUGGUUUAAUGGAUGAUUGAAAGUGUGUUCAUUUCAGAUAUUGAUGGGUAGAUGUUUUGUUUGAGAAGUGUUAGCAAGUUUUAUUUUUAUUGUUUUUUUAUUCAUUUAUUUUUAUUUUUUAUUAUUUUUUUCAUGUAUAUUAUGAAAGAUUUGAUUGUUAUUUAUUCUUGGCAUCAGGUAUUUGUAUGUAUGCAUUGCAGUGAGCUGUUAUUUAAUAUAUUUGUAUUUUCUUGAUUUUUAUAGUGAUUCAUGAUUGAAGUCAUUUCAUAUAAAGCCAAAUUGUAUAAGCACAAAUGUUGAAUAAGUUACAAGUCAAUAUAUAUAUAGCGUACCUCAUUUCUCAUCUCAUCACACAUUUAUAGUUUCAUAAGAAAAAGGAAAAAAUCAUCAUUACUCAUUCACAGUUCACGAGAUUUCUCACAAGUCACCUUUCCAGUACCAAGUAUAGUCAUGUUCACACGUUCUCAUUUUUUAAAUAAACAUUAAAUGUGAUUUCCAUAUCUCCUACUUCUUUAUCCAUAGAUUUUGAAGAAGAUAUGAAAGAAUUCCAAAAAAAGCAAAAAUAAACAUGUAUUUUUAAUUUUUUAUGUUUUUGCAGGAUAUAUCAUCAAAAAUGUUUUUCUGAUAUUUUUUAUAUAUUUUUUUUCUUUCUUUUUUUCUUGUAAUAUGAAAAUCAUAUAUAUAAUUUUUCUUUGUCAAUCCGCAUUAUAUCAGUAAUACAGUCAUAGUACAUUGUUGUUAAUUGCUCACAUUCCCUUGUCAAUAUGUUACUUAGGUAUUAAGUUUUCUUUUUAAUAUGUAAUUAAAGACCAAUAUUGUAGCCAUUUUGCAUUAUUAUUAUUAUGAUUAUUAUUAUUUUUUUUUUUUUUUUUUUUUUUUUUUUUUUUUAAGCGUAUAUGAAUAUUAUGGAAUCUUUUGAUUUAAUGAAAAAAAAAGCAAAUGUUAAUGGUCAGAUCUUUUCAAAACUACUGUAUUUUUUAUUUAUAUAUUUUAUAAUAAAAACAAGAAAGUCCACUUAGGCUAUAUGAACUAAUUGCUAGAGUAUAUAUCAGGAUAUAUACAUUGAUUUUUGGUAUAUUUAAAAUUAGCUUGCAGAAAUAUGAAAACAUUUUUUAUAAUUGAUUCUUGCCAAAAGAUUUGUAAAAGAGAAAAGAAAAAGAAAAGGUUCUUGUGCUUUACACUUGGUAAUACAAUAUAUAUUCAGUGUUAAAAGUAUUUGCAAAUAGAAUUGUAAAAUAUAAGUAUGGUCUGUACGAAGUAUAUUUCAUUAAAAAAAAUCUUGUUAUA